UUGUCGUGUGUGGAGGUUGUGCCGCUAAAUACAAUUUUUUAAAAAUAUUGGUACACUCACGCAGCACUUUGAAAAUUGAAAUUAACAAUACAAAUCUCCUAAUAGGGUUUUACUUUUAUUUUUCUCAUAAAUCUCAUUUUGCGAACUGUAUAAAACUCAAUAAAGUUCGAUAUGGAGAAGGUUUCAACUUUGGUGGUUUCCAGUCCUAAUGUGCAAUAUACUGACGAUUUUAUCCUGUCUGAUUACGAAUACGAGGAAACCCUGGUUACGAAGAAUGGCCACGAGCUGUUGGCUCGUCCCUACCGGACAUCGUUGAAGAUCCGCACGGGGCGCAAGGUGGGCAAAGUGGGGGUCAUGUUAGUGGGCUGGGGCGGCAACAACGGGUCCACGUUCACGGCAGCGGUGCUCGCCAACAGGCACCACCUGUCCUGGACGACCAAGAAUGGCAAGAUGGAUUCCAACUGGUUCGGUUCAAUAACGCAAGCGUCCACCGUGCGCCUGGGUAUCGACGACAAGGGUCUGGACGUCCACGUGCCCAUGUCACAGCUUCUGCCCAUGGUGCACCCUGAUGACUUGGUGAUCGAUGGCUGGGACAUCAGCCCGUUGAACCUGGCAGACUCCAUGGCACGAGCCAAGGUCAUCGAGUACGAGCUACAACAGAAGCUGCGCAAAGAGAUGGCCGCCAUGAAGCCGCGGCCCGCCAUCUACGAUCCUGACUUCAUCGCUGCUAACCAGGCCGACCGUGCCACGAACCUGAUCAAAGGCACGAAGUAUGAGCAGUAUCUGCAGAUCCGUGCUGACAUCAAGGACUUCCGGGACAAACACAAGCUGGACAAGGUCAUCAUACUCUGGACCGCCAACACUGAACGGUUCUGCGAAGUUCGUCCAGGCGUACACGACACGUCGGAGAAUCUUGAGCGCGCGCUUCGUAACAACGACUCGGAAAUAUCACCAUCUACCAUCUUCGCGCUCGCCGCUAUCGAUGAAGAGUGUUGCUACAUCAACGGGUCGCCUCAGAACACUCUAGUAGACGGAGUGGUGGAGCGCGCGGAACUGAAGGGAGUGUUUGUGGCGGGAGACGACUUCAAGUCCGGGCAGACCAAGCUCAAGUCUGUGCUCGUCGACUUCCUCGUGUCAGCUGGUCUGAAGCCAGUUUCCAUCGUAAGCUACAACCACCUUGGCAACAAUGAUGGCAAGAACUUGUCCGCCCCUAAACAGUUCCGGUCUAAGGAGAUAACCAAGAGCAACGUAGUGGACGACAUGGUGGAAUCCAACCAGAUCCUGUACAAGCCGGGGGAGAAGCCUGACCACGUGGUCGUCAUCAAAUACGUGCCAUAUGUUGGUGAUUCGAAGCGCGCCAUGGACGAGUACACUUCGGAGAUCCUGCUGCACGGCACCAACACGAUCGUGGUGCACAACACCUGCGAGGACUCGCUGCUGGCCGUGCCGCUCAUUCUGGACCUCGUGUUGCUGGCUGACCUCUUCUGCAGAGUGUCCUUCCGUAGGGGAGACAACCAUGAAUGGACAAGCAUGCACUCGGUGUUGUCUCCGCUGGCGUACCUGCUGAAGGCUCCGAUGGUACCGGCCGGGGCGCCCGUCGUCAACGCGCUGUUCAAACAACGAGGCUGCAUCGAGAAUCUCAUGCGGGCCUGCCUCGGCUUGCAGCCCAACCAUCACAUGCAGCUCGAGCAUAAGGUUCCGUUCCUAAUGAAGGAGCUUCACACAGGCACCCUGUUUUCCAAGGACUCGCCGCCCACCAAAAAGGCCAAACUGGCGCAAAACGGUGACCAGUAAACAUGCACACAUCCACACAUAUUCACAUCAGCAUACGCAAUAGUAUACCAUUGAAUAUUCUUUAUAAAUUGAAUAUUACACUCGCAUUUGAAACAGUAAAUCGAUAUCACAAGGUUUCCAGAAUUCGUGCCCGGUUAAUGGCAAUAAUUUAUCUUAAGUGCAGUUUUUUUAGACCUCAGCGUUUGGAGAGGCGGAGAUGAGAGCCUAUAUACGUCAAUGCAGGACGGAAGAGGCGAGUCACAGGGACUGACAGAGGGCAGCAGUAACUGUCAGUACUAUAUAGAGGUAUGAUGUAUUUUAUGGAAUAUUCAAUGGUAUAUAUUAACCAAUCCAUGUUUACUGUACAAAUCUAUAUCUGUUAAAGAAAUACCUAUAUUAAAAAGAUUUAAUUGUACUUGUAAGUUGUCAGAUUAUGUUAUUAUUUUUCAAUAUUAAGUUUAGGGUUGCCACCCAUACGCAAAAGCAGUGGGGGUGUGAGCGGUGCGACCGCAUCGGGCGUCGAAAUAGGGGGGGGGGGGGUGCCAAAAUCAACCAAGACUGAUCCGCCCUGGCCAGCAGCCCCGUAUCUAGAGGGCAGCAACUGGGUUUUGUAUUUUGAGGGGCUGAGGGGUGCCACUUUAAGAUCUCGCACCACUUAAAUAUUUUGCUAGGGCUGCCACUGCGCAAAACCUCUAUAAUUGUCUUUUUUUGACGUGACUUAUUGUAGAUUCUGCCGCCAAUGGCGUUAACUACUUAGCCGGACAAAUGGGGAGCGCACUCACCCGGGCACUAUAACUGUCCUGCUAAAUCACCUGUAUGCAAAUGGACAACUUUAUACAAUAGACUUUCCCUGGCGACGCCCUGAGCCGAGGUUCGCGCCCAACUGGGUGGGUACCCUCAGGAUUGUCGUUAGAAUUUUUUGUACCGGGUGAAAGCCCUCAGUGAUACCCAUUUGUCCGGCUAAGAAGUUAAUGCGAUUCUGAUAAUAAGUCAAUAAAAAAAAAAACAAUAAAAUAUCAAGAUAGAUAGAUAAAAUACUUUAUUGAGCACAAUGGACACAAAAUACAGAGAUAAGGACAACAUAUAC